CCAGACUGCGCAUGCGUGUCAGUGGCGUUAGCAGCGGACCCGGCUGGCAGUUCCUUCCUCGGAAGGAGAGAUUCCUCUGCCAUGGAGUCCUACGAUGUGAUCGCCAAUCAGCCCGUUGUGAUCGACAAUGGAUCCGGUGUGAUUAAAGCUGGUUUUGCUGGUGAUCAGAUCCCCAAAUACUGCUUUCCAAACUAUGUGGGCAGACCCAAGCACGUUCGGGUCAUGGCAGGAGCCCUGGAAGGCGACAUUUUCAUUGGCCCCAAAGCCGAGGAGCACCGAGGGCUGCUCUCAAUCCGCUACCCCAUGGAGCACGGCAUUGUCAAGGACUGGAACGACAUGGAGCGCAUCUGGCAAUAUGUCUACUCUAAGGACCAGCUGCAGACUUUCUCAGAGGAGCAUCCUGUGCUCCUGACUGAGGCGCCGCUAAACCCUCGGAAAAACCGGGAGCGAGCUGCCGAAGUUUUCUUCGAGACCUUCAACGUGCCGGCUCUUUUCAUCUCCAUGCAAGCUGUGCUCAGCCUUUACGCCACUGGCAGGACCACAGGCGUGGUGCUGGACUCUGGGGAUGGUGUCACUCACGCUGUGCCCAUUUACGAGGGCUUCGCCAUGCCCCACUCUAUCAUGCGCAUCGACAUCGCUGGCCGAGACGUCUCUCGCUUCCUUCGCCUCUACCUGCGUAAGGAGGGCUACGAUUUCCAUUCAUCCUCCGAGUUUGAGAUCGUAAAGGCCAUCAAAGAAAGGGCUUGCUACCUGUCCAUAAACCCCCAGAAGGAUGAGACACUGGAGACAGAGAAGGCUCAGUACUACCUGCCUGAUGGCAGCACCAUUGAGAUUGGUCCUUCUCGGUUCCGGGCCCCUGAGCUGCUGUUCAGGCCAGACUUGAUUGGUGAAGAGAGCGAGGGAAUCCACGAGGUCCUGGUGUUUGCCAUCCAGAAGUCUGACAUGGACCUGCGGCGCACGCUGUUCUCCAACAUUGUCCUCUCGGGGGGCUCCACCCUGUUCAAAGGUUUUGGUGACAGACUACUGAGUGAGGUGAAGAAGCUGGCUCCAAAAGAUGUGAAGAUCAGGAUAUCUGCACCUCAGGAGAGGCUGUACUCCACGUGGAUUGGGGGCUCUAUCCUUGCCUCCCUGGACACCUUUAAGAAGAUGUGGGUCUCUAAGAAGGAGUAUGAGGAAGACGGUGCGCGGUCCAUCCACAGGAAGACCUUCUAAUAUUGAGACAGCGUCUUCACCUCUCUGACGUUAACUCCACUUUAAAACUUGCUUUCUUGAGUCGGAGUGUUUGCGAGGAACUGCGUGUGUGUGUGUGUGUGUGCGCGCGAAUGGGUGGGUACGAGUGUGUGUGCAACACGAGUGCCGUGUGGCCCAGGGCUGCCCGGGCCCAGAAAGGACGAUGAACUACCCACGAUGGCGACGGUCUGAGGCCUGGGCUUUACCACUGAGGGGCCCCGACAGGGAAGAGCACUGGCAAAGGCCCCACCCUUCCUCAGUGGAGCCUUCGUCCUACUCUGUGGGACUAUGGUUACCACCCCGGGGAGACCUUGCUGCUGCUGGCCUGGCUCCACCUCACUCCUGCCCCCAGGGUCCCUAAGGCCCUCCCCUUGUCCAUCAUUCUGCCAUCAGUGCCCUCUGCUGGUGACUGAGGGUGGGGCUGGGCUUGAGUUCUGUCUGGUUCUGUUGCAGUUUGGUUUCAGACGUCUGGAAAAGUACUCCUGGAGCAGUCACAGAGACACUGGCGCCAGGGGAGAGCACGAUGCCCUCACCUAGUCCGCCUGGGAACUGGGACCACAUUGGGCAUUCGAGGCAGGAGCAGAGCUGCUUCUGAUUGGUUGCAGAAUUAAUGCUCCAAGCCACAGGCCCCAUCCAGGGGGUCUUCAGAGGGUUUAAGGAGCCCGUUGGCUCCAGGUCCUGUUACUUGUUUUUCAUCCAUCCUUGUCUCAAUGGCAUCUUCAGUUUUAUUUAUUGAAGUGUUUGUUCAGUAAGGGGACUUGGGUGGGGGGGUCACUGCCUCCUGCCCACCAGUUACCCUGCUCACACUGAUGUUUACAGCACCUAAGCCUAGCGUAGUACCUAGGGCCCCACCGCUCCCUGGUGACGGCAAACCGACAGUGUCCAUAGACCUCAGGACCAAGACACUCCCAUCAGCCUCUGUGUUUCUCCUUCUCCCACUUGCUCGCUGCCCUGGAAUCAACAGGUUGGUUGCUGGGAGGAGUUUCUGAAAUCAGAGAUAGAAUCAGUCUUUGGCAGAAGCUCCUGGCAAAGGAGGGGGAUUCGUGAUCCCAUCUGCUUAGGACUAGAGAAAGCUGCAAUUAAUCAAGUGGCCUUUUGCCACCCUGGCUGAGCAGGGGACAAGGUUAUGGAGGUGGGCAAGCCCCCUCUGGGCUGAUCUGUGCCAUUCUUGACUUGGACGUGCUCGGUUAGGGAGGGAGGGGUCGGACCAGAGUGCUGAGAGCUGACGGGCUCAGGCCUGGCUCCUGGCAGCGGUCUGCAGAUGAUGCAAUGCUGACGUUAGCCUGUACUUGCCGGCACCCUCGCCUGUGACACCGAGAGUCCCCAGUUCGUUUCCAGGCAGUAUUCUCCCCCACGCCGUCCUAUGACCAAAGGCCCCUGCCAGAUGUGGGCUGCAGCAGCAGGUGUGUGUGAAAGCGAUGUGGUGACCGCAGACUGCAGUGCGCUUACCCAGCUCACCUCCCUUCCCUUAGCCCAAGCCCGUCCCUCGCACAGCCUCGCACAAACCACGUUGCCUGGUGGGGCCCAGUGUACUUCAAUAAAGUCGUUCCAAUAGACUCAUCAA